GCCCCUUCCCAUUCGUGCUUCCCGGAAUGGGCAUCUCCUCUCCCAAGCCCCGACCAACUCGUGUUGCAACCUCGCAGCAUCUUUACCACAUCCUCGACAGUCCUUCGUUGGGACUUGAGGAAGUUGCUUGCUCUGCGCAUGUAUCUUCUCCUUCUUGUCGCUCAUUUGGCAUAACUGCAUUCUUUGCUGUCAUUUUUGCCAUACAGGACUCGGGGCUUUUGUAUCGCUUCCCUCCCUCGUUCUCUAAUCUUCAGCGCAAUAUCGCCACAUUCCACUCAUAGGCCCUACUUUUGGACUCUGCUCCCCUUACAGUCACUUGCAUAGUAGUCAU